AGAUAGAAAAUUAAACAGAUGGCCAGCAGCAAUUCUGAUGACCAAAACCUAGGAAACGAAACCCUAGAAUCAUCAUCAUCAUCAUCAUUCAGGAGAGGCAAGAAGAGAAAUUCAGACAAGAGCAAGAAACCCCUAAGAGGCCUUGGUGUGGCUCAACUAGAGAAGAUCAGACUACAUGAAAUGAGCUCUACUUACCAUCAUAAUCCUUAUUUCGAGAAUUUCAGCCAGGAGGAUAUGGGACUUCAAGCAACCUACUCAUCAUCGAGUUUUUCAUACUCGUCAUUGUCGUCGCCUUCUUAUGGUUUUCGAACUCCCCAUGGCAUCAUGAUUUUGGCCACGUUUCAGAUAGGUUGCCCAGACUUGGCAGAGGAAAACAUCAAAUAUGAAGAGUCCCAACAAAUAAAUGCUACAAGACAGAUGGGAUUCGAUCCAAGCGGUCUCAGGAACCCAACAGUUUGUGCAGCCAAGCAUGAGAAGACACUUCUUGAACCUACAAAUACAGGAUUCACUCCUUGAGAAGAACAAGAAAGGUCCGAAUGAUUCAGUGGGCUCUAAUCAUGAGAACUUCGAAUCUAGUUCUACUCAAGAAUUAGAUUUGGAACUCAGACUUUCACUUUAGGAUACUACUGUCUGCAACAUAGCUUAAGAAUUGGAUUUGUUUGAUAGAUAUACUGACAUUGUGAUGAAACAUUGGCAUUCUGAUGCUCAAAAAAUCUGAACUUUGCUAUGAUUUCAUUUUAUUUCAUACUUUUUUAUGGUUUUA